GCCUGCCGUCCUGAGAUUCAGUUCUGUUGCUUUAUGGCCAUUAGGUGGAAUUGCUGGGGCAUUCCAGGCUGGAGCACCUUAGCCAGCGAAGCUGGAGGAAGAAACCAUGUCAGAAUGUUGCCUGUAUUAUUUAAUCAUGCUAGGACUAACCAGCAUUGGAAAACCAGUGCUAACAAUGGGUAAGUUCUGCUUUGUUUUCUGUCUGUUUUAAAAGCAAUUAGAAGUUUACAUUGGCAGCUUGAUGCCCAAAUCAGUACUUGGAGGGGUGGUUUAGGCUGUGAUCUUUAGCACUCGUAUAGGGACAAAUGUUUAUUAUGUGCUUCAAAAACAAAAACAAAAAGUCCAUUUCAGAUCAGGGUUUUAAGAAUGCUUCCUUUCUCUCAGAAGAAGUUGUGAAUCAGGCAGCUAGAAUCUCUUGAUGCAGUUCCUGAAAUGGAACCAGUCAUAGCCUAAAAGGAGCAUAUUAGGCAAAAGAUUCAGUGGUUUAAGCUCCUUAUUUAUAUAACUAUGUGGCAAAAGUUUACUUUUCACGCCCACUUCAAUCUUUACCAAACAGUGUGGAUGCUGAGUCCUAGGAUGGAACAGAGUAUUGGUCCUGAUCAAUUUUUGGUAAUAUGUAUUGAUUUGUAAGUUUAAAUCCAAAUGCAGGUUGCAUAUAUACCAACCUAGAAAUCCUUAUGCCAAAACAAGGAAAGUGAAGUAAACUAUAACCCAAAUAAACCAGAGCUGGUUAGGAAAUUGUGGAAAUUAAGCGCCGUCAAAUCAUCAACUAUGUUGAAGAAGCAAGGAGUAUACAAAGUCGCAUCAAAGAGUUGACAUCCCAUUGUUCAGAAAAGAAAUUGGGGGGGUGGGGGUGGUAUUUGGAAUAGGAAUAUAUGGUGUGCUGCUGUAAUAUAAGAUAGGUAUGAAAGAUCACAUGAUGAAGGACUUAUCUUUAAAUAAUGUGGCGUUUUGGAAAUGUUUCAAACUGACAUGAGGAUCUGUUUUGAAAAAUCAUUAUGCAGAAGAGGGUGUGUGUGCAUAAAUUAAAGUAGCCUGUGUUCUUUAAAAACUGUUUUUGCUAUAUUAGCAUUCAGCUGUUAAUUAGUAGCAUGUUUGUUUGUUUUUAAAUGAACCUGGUGCAUUUCAGUGUGCAAAAGGAAGCUGGUGCAUAGUGGGGAGGGAGACUCCUUUCGUGAGCAGAAUUACAGGUAACAAAGAUAAGUUGUAUGUCAGAUAUGGGGUUUUUAGGGAAGGGCACUCUUUCGUAUUUCAAAGACCAUUUCUAGAAGAUGUGAAGCUUGGUUUGUUUUUAAAAAAGCUGUUUACUCAGUGAGAACCUUUCUAUAAACACUGAUUAACAGGCUUUAUACAGCACCAUAGAGGGACAGAAUUCUUCCAAGCAAGUUUGCCUGAUAUUUAAGUAAGAACAGACACCAGUGAGUCAGGCCUGCAAUUCAUACAUUUAAUUUAUAGUUGCUUCAGUAGCUCAGUGGGUAGAGCCUGAGACUCUUAAUCUCAGGGUUGUGGGUUUGAGCCCCAUGUUGGGCCAAAAGAUUCCUGCCUUGCAGGGGCGUUGAACUAGAUGUCCCUUGUGGUCCUUUCCAACUUGUGUUGAUAGUUCAUCCAGUGACCAACAUAAUAUGUGAACCAGUUAAUUUUGUAUCACUGAGGUAGUUUAAAGGUAUGUACAGUGGUACCUCGGGUUACAGACGCUUCAGGUUACAGACUCCACUAACCCAGAAAUAGUACUUCAGGUUAAGAACUUUGCUUCAGGAUGAGAACAGAAAUCGCGCAGCAGCGGCGCGGCAGCAGCAGGAGGCCCCAUUAGCUAGAGUGGUGCUUCAGGUUAAGAAUGGACCUCCAGAACGAAUUAAGUUCUUAACCCGAGGUACCACUGUACUGUUUUGUAUAAAGAUAGAUAGAUAAUUUAUUACGGUCGGAGACCAGCUUAUAGAACACACUUGGGGGUACAGUCACAGAAGGAAAAUAAACAAUUAAAACAAUGUACAAUAAUAAAUUUAAAAACAAAGUACAACAAUAAACUACCGCAGGGAGCUGACCAAGAGUAUAAAGAUAUUUUUUACCAAGAAUUGGCCCUAUCAUUAGGUAUAAAGAGGUAGCUGCUUCAGGCGGCUGAAGUGGAAGGCUGAGCCAUGCGUGCCUCACACAGGCCUGUGCAAAGCUUGUCUGAAGCCCAGGGUAGAUGAAAGGCACAGGGUGUUCUUGGCAUGACAGCAUAAGACCGUCAGGCCCCUGGCAGAGACUCCUGUCUGGCUUAGCCCUCCAAGGCUCAAAGUACCUGGCUGCCCACCACCACACGGGCCUGGCCAAACAGACUACCCAGCACCUGCCAAGCAAAUUUGGAGCCCUCAGGUGCUGUAGAAGACACAAUCCCACCAACAGUUUUGAAGUAAGAUACAGCUACCAGUCUGGGCAGCUUCUGCUCAUGGAGGGGUGGGGACACAUAUAUCCAUAUUUCUUAGACAGCAAAAUGUCUUGGGCUCGCCCUGUUUGUAAUAAUAGACAAAGCAGGUAAGGGGUGCCUGAGAAUGUUGAUAAAAUAUAGGUAUUUAUCACCCCAUUUUUGCACAAAGGCAUUUUAAGGAGUCAGAAAUAAAAAAUAGUUGAGAGAACUCUCAGUUCCAUGGAAUCUAGUAUUGGGCAGUCUCUGGAUAACUUGUUCAACAGGUGUCUUCUUUGUUUUUAGACGGUCAUAAAAAAUUUUUGACCAAUGGCAUAUUGCCAACUGUUUGCUCACUUGCUCAUUCCAUUCCGUUUUUUUUUAUUGUAAACCUUCUUUAGACUAUAGGAUUAGAUCCAAUUAUGUCUGCUCGCUUGUGGAAAACAAACUCCACUCAUGCAACAAGACUCCCAGUUUCUCUCCUCCAGUUUCCGUGCCCCCCUCAGUCUGUUCUGGAGGGUGCCCCAACCCUCUGGAGCAGAUUUUGAGGGCACAGAGGCUGAGGGCUGUAGAGAGGAGGGGAGGGUGGAGAAGUACCAUUGUGCUAGUGGACUCCUGCUUCUGCUACUUUGGAUCUCGCACAAAGCCUUUUGCAGGCUUUGAGGAAUUAGUUUGUUUUUAACAUUUAAUUUUUGCGUGGAUCCUGCAUAAACCAUAAAGGCUAGAAAUUGUCUAAAAUUAAAGAGAGAUAAGAAGAUUUAUUGGACUUGGCAGGGCCAAGCUUGAAGAAAAUCUGCUGACCUUGUAAGUAUGCUAAGGUUUUGUGGGUCUCAACCUUGUUUUCUAUAAUCCUUUUACAGGAUGAGUCCAGAUCCUUUGGGGCAUUAUAAAAUAAAUCUUCUUGUGACAUUAUCAGGCUGGUCUCUCCACAGAAACUGAAAAACUCUAACCUUGUUUUUAGGAGGGUAUGCCCAUCAGAUCUCUAGGCAUUCCACAUAUGAGAUUGUAAUUCCUCAAAGAUUGACUGACAGGGUGAAGCGCUGGACGCAUUCUCAUAAGGUUUGUUUUUCCUUCAAUUUUUGUCCCCCUUUAGUGUUCUUCAUAUGGUGUCCUACUUGUCCAAAGCAAAUAAAAAAGCAAAAGCAGCCAUGUUUGUCCAUAAGAAAAAAUCCAUAGCUGUGCAAUACCAUUAUUAGGACCAAACUAAACUUCACAGGGUUGUACCGCUUUUUUGAGUUAUCUGAAACUCUUUAUCAAACUAGAAGUUAGACAAAGCAGGGGGUGAUAGGAUAAGGAAGUAUUCAAAAAGUACAAAAAUUAGGCUAGAUGUUGUCGUCUUCUAGACUCAGCUCCCAAAUGGAGGCAGCAGGUUGAAUAAGGCCCUCCAGGAAAGGGCUGCAACUGGAUUACCAGUUCUAUCUUAAUUUCUUCAUUAUCCCAGAAUCCUAGGUGUAUCAUCUGAUAUCUAUAGCACCUGGCAGGGACUAGGGUUGUGUACACAUUACAUGCUUAAAACCCAGCUAUGUUAUUCUUCUUCUUCAGAUCAAAGCAUCAAAACACAGUAUUUCAUUUUAAAAAUACAGGAUAGAUGACUUGUGGCUAAAGUGAUAUGUACACUGCUUCCCAGACAAUUGCAGUGAAUGCAGAGAAAACAGGAGUACGUACACAGCCUUAUUCAGCCCCUGUUGCGGUCUCCAUCUUGGAACUGAGUUUGCUUCCAAAUGGCUGGUUUCCUGAGCGUUCCUCAUGAUUUGUUUGCACAAAGUUUGGGAGAAGGUUAUACGAUGUGUGGUGUUUAUUGAGCCUUCCUUCAGAUUUGUUUGCAAGGGGGUUCUUCCAUAAUGUUUAUAAACAAGAUAAGCAUGUUUGACUUCAGGUCCCAAGCUAUGUCCCACCACAUUAGCAGAGCAAAGGAUCAGGUGAAAGGAGAGCUGUGCCAGCAUAAUACAAUUCCCCGGCAUGAAUGGAUCCAGGGAGGGAUCAUAGUUCAGUGGUAGAAUACAUACAAAUACAAAUACAAAUGCUUUGCUUGCAGAAGAUCCCAGGUUUAAUCCCCUGGGAAAGACUCCUGUUUGAAAGCCUGGAGGGCCAUUGACAGUCACUAUCAACAAUACUGAGGGAGAUGAGUCAAUGGUCUAACUUGGGAUAAGGCAGCUUCCCAUGUUUCUGUUUUGUUGGAUACUGAGAAGCACUCCAACAUGUAUUAAUAAGGCAACUAUGCCUUUUGCCAAAUGCAGUGCUCUGGUCAUGAUCAGUGGCCCGAAGGAGUGCGAUGUCAUUCCUGAAGGCUGAGCUGUACUGUAUCCUGGUAGGUUUACAAAGCAAGCUACGACUAUAAUUUUAGCUGACAGGCAGCACACAGUGUUGAAUGUGCUUGUGCUGUGCUCUUCGAAUAGGCUGUUGCUCUAGCUGUGUCAGCAGUAGAAGCCACAUUGUGCACCAGCUGCGGCUCGUGUAACCCCCCCCCCCCCAAAAAUGCAGAGGAUCUAUUAUAAUGGGUAAAUAGAAAGAACUAAUUGGUAGGAAUUAAUGCUAGAGUGUGCAAUGACCUGCUAGACUGAAUUCUGCAGAUUUGUUGCCUGUUUAGAAAACUGAGCAAAGCUGUAGCAACUUGUUUUUGAUAAGAGGCACUGCUGGUUUUAUGAAGAUUUAAAGAACUGCGUAUUAUGUUUUGCAUGUGAUUUAUUUUUCAGGAGCAUUUAGAUAAUCAGUUGUCUUACUUGAUCCAAACUGGAAAUGGAACACAUAUCCUGAAAUUAAAGAAAAAUAAGUAUGUUUUACGUAUACCAUUCUAAGGCCUUUUCAUGUUUUAUUUUAGUUGAUAUAAUAUUUGCAAUGAAAUCUCAUUGGGAUGAGUACUGUUGAAUGGCAGACUACAAGGGAAGGGAUUUUUUAUAGCUUGUAUUAAAAUGUGUAUUUGUGUACAAAUUAUCAGGAAUGAGAGGCAAGGUGUAGCAGCUGAGAAUUUUUUUUAUAUUUGUACAUGGCUCUUUCAUUUGUAUACUUAAUAUAUACUUUUCUUUUGGAAAAUAUUAAACAAUCCAUCUGUGGUGAACUUAGCUGUUAGACCCAAUAUGGACCCAUGCAGCAGGAUCCAUGUAGUAUGGUGCUCUCUGUGCAUGCAAGCAGACUUUUCAGCUUCCUCCUUCCAGAAACAGCCUUCAGUGCCCUUGAUGUGCCUCUCCAGUGGCCUCAUAGCAUCCUAAGAGGAAUGAGAGGCUGUACCAGAAAGGGAGAAAUUUCGCUUUCUUCUGGGUGCAUGCAGAAGUACGGUACACAUGGGUACAGGUGUCUCUAGAUCCUGGCCUAAUUUUUUAACACAAGCUAUCUUGGGAUGCGGGUGGCACUGUGGUCUAAACCACAGGGCCUAGGGCUUGCCGAUCAGAAGGUCGGCGGUUCGAAUCUCCGUGAUGGGGUGAGCUCCCGUUGCUUGGUCUGUGCUCCUGCCAACCUAGCAGUUUGAAAGCACGUCAAAGUGCAAAUAGAUAAAUAGGUACCGCUCCGGCGGGAAGGUAAACAGCUUUCCGUGCGCUGCUCUGGUUCACCAGAAGUGGCUUAGUCAUGCUGGCCACAUGACCCGGAAGCUGUCUGCGGACAAACGCCAGCUCCCUCAGCCAGUAAAGCGAGAUGAGCGCCGCAACCCCAGAGUCGUCUGCAACUGGACCUAAUGGUCAGGGGUCCCUUUACCUUUACCUUGGGAUGCAACAGAGAAAUUUUGGGAUGGGAGCAGUGAAGGGUGUGUUGUGACUGAACUUCAUUUGAAUCCAGCUGAAUUGGCAACCUGAGCCUCAAGUCAUAGCAAAGGAAUCCAGGAAUACCCCUAAACUACAUACCCUCUCCAUUAGGCUAUGUGUCAUAAAGAGUGACGUGGGGAAAUUGUUGGGAUCAUUUCAGGAUCUCUAAGAAAGAGAUCUAAGCAAAACAAUAUUUUUUUUUAAAAAAAAUAUUAUUAUAAGUAUCAGUAUUUACCCUCCCUUUACUCUAAGGUCCCAGGGUGGGUUACAACAAUUAAAACACAAUGCUAAAAACAGUUCAGAACAGUUCAGAACCGCAGAAAUAAAGUGAGUCCUAAAAUUAUUCAUCUCAAGUGUAAAACGCCAGGGUAGAUGAGGUUCUUGCCAAACCACAUGCUGAUAAAUGUGGAGCAGGUAACUCUGGAGCAGGUAACUGCAACAUAUCAACAGGCUAGAAUGGCAACACAACAAAGAGUUAGGGGAUCAAAUAGUUGCCCACAAGGCAAUAAGCACAGCAAUCUUAUGAACCAGGUCUUCAGUAUCAGAAAGGUGUCGUUCCUGGAAAAGCUUAAAAUUAUCACCAGUCAAUACUAAUAGUGGUCAGAGUGGAGUGUGGCUGUGUAAACACGCCAGUUUAAAAUUGAUUCAAUGCAUUUAUUUAUUUGUUUUAUUUCACUAUGUUUAUGCACCACUUGAUUGUAAUGAAACCUCAAAGCGGUUUAAAACCCAUGCUCACAUAUUUUCCUUCUUGUCCACAUGAUGUUGUCCUCAUCCAAGGGGCAGCCUGUACUACCCCACAUUAAAUUCAGAUUUUCCUGAUCUGCAGAUAAUGCAGUAAGGAAAAGAAAACCAACAUAAAAUAACAUGCAAUGUAUUUUUAUGCUUUCAGAAACCUUAUUGGUGAGAAUUUUAUACUAUAUACCUACAGAAAAGAUGGCAAAUUGGAGGCUACUCCCUUCAAAGCUAAGGUACAGUAAUGGUGGAAGACCCCCUCCAUAAUGGAGAGACCCCUUUUAGCAACAACUGAUUCACUAGGCUGCUAUAGAUUAAUAACUGGAUGAUUUCAAUGAGGAUGCAGGUGAUGUAAUCCCAUCUGAAGCAGCUAUAGUGCCCCAGGACAUUGUCUCACACCCCUGAUACCUUUAUCUUUCUUGGCCACCUCAAGAAAGGUAUUUUUAUAGCUAAACAAAAAGAAAAAGGUAUGUGUGUGAGAGAGAUAGAGAGACAACUCCCUGGGGGCACUAGUCAACUGUGUCUUACUCAGAAUUGGCCUGCUGACGUAAAUGGAUGUAACUUAGCCAUGUCUAGUAAUUUCAACAGUCUAUGCAGAGUAAAAACUUCGGGUUCAUCGAGACAUGCCCUUGCCUCGCCACUCCUCCCCCCCCCCCCCAGGAAAACCUGAUCUUUACCGCUGAAUCACAGCAACCAUCCAUCAGCUUUUCUCCAGAUUGGCAAUUGCUCUGAUUUAUUACUAAAGAGCCUAGGGCUUGCUGAUCAGAAGGUUGGCAGUUCAAAUCCCCGCAACGGGGGGGGGGGCUCCCAUUGCUCUGUCCCUGCUCCUGCCAACCUAGCAGUUCAAAAGCAUGCCAGUGCAAGUAGAUAAAUAGGUACCGCUCCAGCGGAAAGGUAAACGGCAUUUCCGUGCGCUGCUCUGGUUCGCCAGAAGCGGCUUAGUCAUGCUGGCCAGUAAAGUGAGAUGAGCUCUGCAACUCCAGAGUCGUCCGCGACUGGACUUAACGGUCAGGGGUCCCUUUACUUUUAUUACUAAAGAGCAGGUUUUCUGGUGGAAAGCAGUGGAGCAAGGGCAAAACUGCUUAGACCCGUGCCUAAAAAUGCAGGAGAAGCAGAAAACUGCUUGGACAGUGCUUUCUAGGCAUUGGUCAAGAGCCAGUCUGGAUGAGCCCUUUGUUAAAGAAAAAGAAGAGGAGUUUGGAUUUGAUAUCCCGCUUUAUCACUACCCUAAGGAGUCUCAACGCCGCUAACAUUCUCCUUUCCCUUCCUCCCCCACAACAAACACUCUGUGAGGUGAGUGGGGCUGAGAGACUUCAGAGAAGUGUGACUAGCCCAAGGUCACCCAGCAGCUGCAUGUGGAGGAGCAGGGAAACGAACCCUGUUCACCAGAUUAUGAGUCCACUGCUCUUAACCACUACACCACGCUGUCUCUCUUGAAUUUGGUUUAAAUUGCUCUAAACUGCUAUAAGAUGGUUGGUUAAAAAUGCCUCAUGUACCUGGAACAGCCUUCCUCAACCUGAUUCUCUCCAAAUGUUAUUGUUGUUUUGAGGCUAGCAGGCUGCAGGGCACCAGUUUGGGAAAACGGCUUAGAAACUGGCCAGAAUAAGAGAGAAUAGAGAGAGGUUGGAUCAACUCACUUCCAAAGGGGAGUGGGAGGUUAUAGACCUGCCCUUGCAUUGUGUUCUGUUAAACACAGUCCUUGCUAUGGUUUGGACCAAUUUUUUCUUCUUCUUUAUUUGGCAAUCACUCGUAGUCGAGUAAGAUUGUCUUCCAUGAAUAUGGUCUUAACAGUGUGUCCGUGACUGUGGAGGCUAAUUCUGGAUCCACACGUCCUCCCACAGUGGGACAUAGGUUUCUGGGCGGGAGUUGAUCACAAUGAGGAUUUGCCAAACAUGCCUUCCUCUUAGCAUGUUUCUCCCUUUCUCCCUGAGCUCGUGCUUCUUCAGGGUAAAUAGUAAUAAUAAUAAUUUAUUUAAACUCCGCACAUCUGGCUGGGUUUCCCCAGCCACUCUGGGUAGCUUCCAACAAAAGAUUAAAAAUACAUCAAAACAUCAUUCAUAAAAACUUCCCUAAACAGGCCUGCCUUCAGAUGACGUUUUUGGUAGAGGCUAUUCUCCAAUUGGAGCACUUGCUGGCCAGUGUUUCUAAAUUAUCUAUGCUUAUACUGCAUUUUUUUAAAAAUUGCAUUGAGAGCAUCUUUAAACCUAUUUUGUUUUCCACUGGCAUUUCAGUUGCAUCAGAAUCCAGAAAACUACAUAGUGUGUGUGUGUGUGUGUGUGUGUGUGUGUGUGUGCCAAUUUGAGUAAACAUAGCAUAGUUGUGUACACCAAAUUACAGGUUGCGCCUGUUGUUUGCAUAAGAAAAACACUAUUAAUUGUUUGGUUUCAGGCCCACUGUUAUUACCGUGGAGUUGUUGAAGGGAUUGAGGACUCUCUGCUUGCUCUCAGUACCUGUGAUGGCCUUAGGUACUACCUUUUCAUUCUAACUUCAUUUUGAGGCAAAUACGUUUUAAUCUGUUUGACAUUUUAUUUUAGAAUCAAUGGGAGUCUGAGCGCUUGCUUUUGCUACAUAUUCCAGACACAAUCGAGAUCUAUUGCCUAUUUCUUGCCCCCUGCAAAGCACUUCUUGAGAAAUCAGUUUCAUUCCAGGGGGGGAGCUUAUUGCAAAUUGAUUCUCCAUUGGCUCACAAGACAGCUGUUUGAAAACAAAUGGAAGUGGUCCUUGCAAUGCAGGGGUGUAGCCCCACCUGCCCAAUGUUGUGUUGAUUGAUAUAAGAAAAAAAUUGCUCCUUUCCCCUUAUGGGGUACCCAAGAGCCCAUAUAGAGUCCUUUUGUAGGUUCUAUCGGUAUGAGAAAACAGUAACAGAGACCAACCAGAGAAUAUUGAGAAGCAAAGCAGCUACUAAGCCUGAUCUUUAUUACCGUAACUGUUGCAACAGGGUGCUCCCCCACACGCAGGAGAGAGGAGGAGGACCCAGAAUAAAGGUGUGCCCGCCCUUAUAUAGACAUUUUAAAUUGCCCACCCUGGAGUCCGAGACCACCCCCCAGAAGCAUCAUACAUACAUCACAGAAGGGGUGUAGCCCAAGACCACCCCUCAGAUACAUCAUACAUACAUCACAGAAAAGGUGGUCCACAACAGAAAUCUGAGUGUGUUGUUUAUCUCCUGUCUGGCAAGUUACCUGAUUGCAGGUAUCUGGGUUUUGGCCAUUCUUUUGUUAUAAUAACUACUUAAUUCCUGAAUCUAGAUCACAGGCCACAGGCUCACACCCUGUUCAUAUCUUGAAUGUGCCCUUAAGACAGGAUUUGUGAGGACAGGAUUUGUGAGGAAAGAGACAAUGGGGAGGUUUCCCACUUUGACCUUGCAGAGAAAUAUUUGAGGUCAAUUUGUUCAGGACCUUUUCUAUGGGGUUUCAGACAUGUGGUUUAUAUAUACAGUUAUGAACAUUUAUUAUAUAUAUAUAUAUGACCUUAAAAUUCUUAUAACAGGGUGAAUACCAAGAUCACAGUCAACCUUCUUAUAGAAUCAUAGAAUUGCAGAGUUGGAAGGAAUCACAAGGGACAUUUAGUCCAACUCCCUGCAAUGCAAAAUGUGGGGCUUGAACCCACAACCCUGAGAUUAAGAGUCUCAUGCUCUACCGACUGAGCUAUCCCAGCAGGGUGAUUCAUUCAUUCACCUGGGACCUGUGCAGGGAAGAAAAGGCACGGAUAACCUGAUCAUGGUUUUCAAAUGUGCAUCAAGGAAACAUACCCCCAUUCUUGUAGAUGUCAGGAUCUAGGAUCAGUCUAGAUUGAAUGCAACCUGUUGAAUAUGAGCAUCAAUGAUCCUGGUUUAAGGGGGGGGAAAGUACACUUUUGUGCUACUAAUGGGUUACGGUGUAGGCAGCCUAGACAGUUAACUUGACUAGCCUUUCGAGAAACUUAACACAUUUUCUAUUGUUGUAAUAAAUGCUAUUGCUACGAAUGGUUUAGCAGUAGUUAACUUAGGCUGAAUUGUUAUCAAUGUGGGUAGGGGUGAGCAGGACACGGCCAGGUAACUUUUCUUGCUUUCUGUGGUUUCAGGGGAAUGCUCCAUAUUGGCAGCAAGCGAUAUGGCUUGGAACCAGUCAAUGGAUCAGAUCGAUUUGAGCACUUCUUCUAUGCAUUAGAAAACUCUCCCCAUGAGCCCUUUUCAUGUGGUGUGCCAAAUGAUGACCACGAGCAGAGCACAAAGACUUUUCUCAAAUACACAAAUAUCUCACACAGUCCCUUCAAUUCGGACAAAAUUCUAAGGGUAAAUAGCAUUUGUACAUUGUUUUUCGAAAACAGUCUACCUUGUCUAAACUUUUUAUUCCAGCUUUUAGCAACAUUCCUUUCUGGUUUUUAACUGACACUGGUGGUUUAUUUCCAACAAAUCUCUCUGUGAUACUUUAUUUCCAUAGUUAAAAUAUUCCCAUAAAAAGGGGGCAAGGAUGAAAUAGAAAAGGAUAUUUUCAUACUGAGUUAAUUUCAGUUUUACUCAGAUAAUUUGCAUUACACCUUUCUGCUUGCUCCAUACCCCAGGUGAGUCAAAUUAUUGUGGUGUUGUUAAGAUAUAUGGUUUUAUUUACACACACACACACACACACAGAGAGAGAGAGAGAGAGAGAGAGAGAGCGCAUAGGAUGGAAGGGCUUACAGCACUGCGCUCCAAUAGAUCUUUCUUCCCCAUUGGUUUCCAGGGAACCCCUAAGUCCAGUUUAGGCUCAGCACAGAGCAAGGCAUGUUUUGCUUGCGCACACAAUCUACUUAGUUCAUGGGUAGGCAAACUAAGGCCUGGGGGCCGGAUCCAGCCCAAUCGCCUUCUAAAUCUGGCCCGCAGAUGGUCCAGGAAUCAGCGUGGUUUUACAUGAGUAGAAUAUGUGCUUUUAUUUAAAAUACAUCUCUGGGUUAUUUGUGGGGCAUAGGAAUUUGUUCAUCUUUUUUCCAAAAUAUAGUCUGACCCUCCACAUGGUCUGAGGGACAGUGGACCAGCCCCCUGCUGAAAAAGCUGACCCCUGCUAUAGUUCUUAUACCUAGAAUCAUGUGACAACCAGCUAGAUGAGAUGAGUGGGGAAAAUGACUAGCAUCUCUUAGUUGUAGCUAUUGCUGCCUUGCUUAUUCUUUGAGAUCUUGAUUUUAGGGCACUUAAUUGAGCAGCCAAAGCCGUUACCUUAGCAAAGGAACUGGUUUGCCAGGUUCCACAGCCUCUUCUACUAGAUUCUAACCCUUACUGGAUACAAGAUCACAGGAUGAGAUCCAAGGACAUAAUCUAGACUGACCCCCCCCCCCCAACUUACAAUGGUGCGUUAGAAAAAUUAUAGAAUGCCAGUUCAGCCAACGAAAUGGCCUUUUCCUUAGAUGCCUGGCACCUCCUAAAACAUUUUAUUUACUUUUUAUAGUUAGCUUAUCUAUUUAAAGUACUUCAAAAUAAAAAAAUGCAGUGUGGAAAUAUAUGUAAUGUCAUGUGGUCUGUUUUCCUUGUUACAGAGAAGGCGAGCCGUUCUGCCAGAGAAGAGAUAUGUCGAACUGUAUAUGGUUGUUGAUAAAAAUAGGGUAAUUUCUCUCUCAACCCAAUGCAUUUUGCCAAAGUAUUUGAAUUUUUUGCUCUAGAACAUCUUAUAUUUUGAAUUGUUUCAGUACUUGCGGAAGAAAUCUGAUGCUGAAGCUGUACAAAAGGAAACAGUAGAACUGGCUAAUUAUGUUGAUGGGGUAAGUCAUCACAGAGACAUUCAUCAGACUUUGCUUUAUCACACUAUUUUACAGAAAAUGUCAAAACACAACAGUAAUAUUUUCUUCAGCAACUGGAUUAUAUCAAAUCAGUAAGUGUGCAGAGGCUAAUUGCAUGGCCUGCCUUAGCAGAAUCAGGCUCUUCUUAUGUUCAGAUGUGUAAUCGUUUUGUUUAUUGCCAGGCUUUGCAUACUGUGGACUUCAGCAAAAAUUGUGCUUAACAAACGCUCCAAUGCUCCUUCCCGAAGAAACCAGAAGCAUUCUUGUUAGCUAUAAUAGGACAGCAUAUUCCAGCUAAAGUUUAAAAACCUCUUCCUUUACACAACAGCAGCAGCAAGGUUAAAGGUAAGGGGACCCCUGACCGUUAGGUCCAGUCGUGGCCGACUCUGGGGUUGCGGCGCUCAUCUCGCUUUAUUGGCUGAGGGAGACGGCGUACAGCUUCCGGGUCAUGUGGCCAGCAUGACUAAGCCGCUUCUUAAUCUGGUGAACCAGAGCAGCGCACGGAAACGCCGUUUACCUUCCUGCCUUGAAGUGCUUUCGAACUGCUAGGUUGGCGGGAGCAGGGACUGAGCAACGGGAGCUUACCCCGUCGUGGGGAUUCGAACUGCCAACCUUCUGGUCGGCAAGUCCUAGGCUCUGUGGUUUAACCCACAGCGCCACCCACGUCCCUAGCAGCAAGGUUACUAUAUGCUAAAAUGUGAGAGGAGAGGGAAAUCAUGGCAAAGGACCAGUGGUUGCUUAAACUAACAGAAUAUGUCAAAGUAGCCUCUACGAUGGCCAAAAUAGGAAAUACAAAUAGGAAAACAGUGGUAAGCGAGUGGGAACAACUAGAAGGGUAUCUAAAACAAAGUGGUAUAAAUAUAAAUUUGCAAGUAGGGAUGAACAUAUGAACAAGUAAACAAAACAAAAAGUGAAGCACAGAGGAGGAAAAGAGUAGAAAACUCAGAGUUGCAGCAAACCAAAGAGACUGAAAUAGGUUGUCAAGGAAAGAUAGGUUGGGAAGUCCAUACGAGAUGAGAUAGGAGAAAAUGUAUGUAAUGGAAAUAAAUAUAACUGAUUGUAACUGAAAAAUGCAUAUACAAAUAUUUUUUUAAAAAAGAAAGAAAAUGAAUCCAGUCAAGAUAUCUCUGGGAAAAACUAUUUUAUUCUGGUGACCUCCAAUUAAAAAAUUGUGCAGUCGUACCUCGGAAGUCGAACAGAAUCUUUUUCCAGAAGUCCUUUCGACUUCCAAAACAUUUGACUUCCAAAGUGCGGCUUCUGAUUGGCUGCAGGAAACUCCUGCAGCCAAUCGGAAGCCCCAUCGGGUGUUUGGCUUCCAAAAGAACAUUCGAAAACUGGAACACUCACUUGGCAAACCAGGGGAGCUUUUGAAGAACAGGUACUCAUUCAGGAAAUCACAAAGUUCCCAUUUGAAGAGUCAUCAGUCCUGAUACCGGCCAAGUAUCUGUAAUCCCACUGUUAAACUUAAAAACCAAGGAUUUCAUUAUUACUUCAUUGCAGUCAACGGUGUGUUGGUUUGUGUGUCCUCCUAAUUUAAGAGAGAGAGAGAGCUUUGAGAUUGGAAAAUGCUUCACAGGGCAUCUAAUGUGAAGACAGAUUUUCAAUAGUGCUGAUAGAGAUAAACAGCUAUGCUCCCAUGGCCUGGGGCUAAUGGAGAGCUUUUCUCAUUAUCUUCCUGAGUGUUGUUUGUACAUGGAAGCAGGUUUAAGAGCAGCUGAUCUUAAGCAACUUUACUCUGAAAUAGGUCCCACUGUGCUCCUGAAGGCUACCUAAGUUUGCUGGAGAUUUGCAGCUUGUGUCCUUUCUUGCGCGCUCUCUCUCUCUCUCUCUCUCUGUGUCUUUCUCCAGCAACACAAAAGCACCACAGAUUUACCUAACAGCAAGGGCGUCUUACCCAAAGAGGCUAGUGGCACGGUGUGCCAGGGCGUCAAGUUCUGGAGGGUGCCAGGGGAGAGAUGGAGGCUGGAUGCAGCACCUCCCGUCAUCAGCUCGCCGCCCUCGCCCCCCUCCGCCAUGCCGCACCGAAGCAGCGCUGCAUCCGGAGCCUCCGUCUGCCAUGGCCACCGUGGCACAAAGUGGCCAGCUGAGCUGGGAGGCGCCACAGCCAGCCUCCGCCUCUUCCCCACCGGAGGAACUGCCCUCCAGCCACUGCCCACCUCCUCCAGCUCCGCUGGCAGCACUGUCCUCCCUAAAAAACUCUGGGAAAUGGGGGGGGGGGCGCCAGAGGGAGCUUUGCACCACGACGCCGGAUAUGCUUUAGAUGGCCCUGCCUAACAAUAAAAUUACUCUUGAAAUUAGGGAUAUAACUAGUGAUAAAAAUGUUGCCAGAGCCCACUUCUUUGGUGUUCUUAAAAAAAACAUUAGACAGCAUUAUGAGCGCCACAACCCCAGAGUCGUCCGCAACUGGACCUAACAGUCAGGGGUACCUUUACCUUUUUACUUACACCAUAGCAGUGUAAAAUGGAAUUAUAUCAGGUGGAGAGCUCUGCCAACUGGCUUAAUGCCCUGUUAACUCUAGUUAGACAGGACUGCCCAGUAACCUCCCACCACCACAGCUCCCUACAUCUUGAAAGGCAUUGCGGAGCCAUGUUUCACUAUUUCAGCAGUGUCAAUUGCUACUCCUGUCCCUUUGCAUUGAGUAUGUUGUGGAUUUUUUUAAUAUCUCAAACCCCACAGUUGCUCAUAGGCUCCUUGUGAUUUAGAAAUAUUAGCACCACCACCCUGCAACCUGGUGUGGUUUUUAAGAGCCCAUGAAGCCAGUUUUGGCAAUCACGGUACUUUAGGUCAUUUGUGAAUGUGUGCUUGUUACACUAAGUUCCAUUACACUCCUGAAGAGUCCUGUUCCCCAACACAGAUACAGUUCUCAUUGGGAGCAAUGGCCUUUGGUGAAAUGCUUAAAGGUUGGGUGACCGUGGGAUGUGAAUCAUAUGCAGAGCUUGUUUAGAUGUACAUCUGUAUGCAUGAUGGGGAGCACAAUUCAUCAAAAAAGGUGUUGUCUUUACUGUGUUGAAUGCAUAACUACUGGGAGCAGAUGAAGCAGAGGUGGCUCCUCUACCUUCCUUGUAGCAUGACCUUCCUUUGGGGGUAGAGGUGGACAAACACCAAGGAUUUGGGGGAACAAUACCUAAUCAAAUUCUUAUAUCUUCAUAAUAAUGACAAUUUUGUAUGUGCAGAUGUUCAGUCCUUUAAAUAUACAAGUUGUCCUAAUUGGGCUAGAAAUAUGGACUCAAGGAAACCCUAUAGAUGUGGAUAGUGGUUCAGCUGGAGAUGUGCUGGGCAAAUUCGCAUCCUGGAGAGAGACAAAUCUCCUGAAGAGAUCACGAAAUGAUGUCAGCCACCUCAUCAUGUAAGGUUUCCCGUUCUCUGCAUAAACCUAUCUAUGAUUACUGACUGGGACCUUGAACUCUUGAGAUUCUGCUGCCCAAGGGAACAACUCAGUUUAGGAAACUGCACUUAACCUGCAUGCUUCAUAUGCUUUGUCGGGUCACGUGUGUGGGUUUUCCCCUUCAGAGUGUGCAAUUUUAAGUUCUGAGAAUCUGGCAGAAGAUGUGGGUUGAGUGCCUUGUGUGUGUUCUUGUUUUUUUAUCUUGGGAACUGGCCGCUAUUUAAAGAGAGGUUGUGGUUCAUGGAUUAAUCCAAGGUGGAGAGGGAUAGGGCUGAGAACAAAAGUGACUGGCUUGAUAGUUGUGUUAAGUGAGGAGAAGAACAUUUCUCCCAGCCCCACCAUCACCCAGCCACAGAACACAUGUGAAUCUAGGAAGCUGCUCAGACCACUGGUCAGUGGCUGUCCAGGGUUUCUCCCAGCCCUGCAAGGAAAUGCCAGAAGCCUUUGAACCUUUGACCUUUCUCCUGCUUUGCCACUGAACCAUACCUGGCAUACCUGGGCUUUAUACGUUCCUGGAGUUUUAGCAGAAAGAACUUUAACAAACAGGUCUUGACCUUAUUCCUGCAAGCAGGAGGACUCAGCAUGUUUUUUUUUCUGAUGUGAAAGUUGAAAUUCUUGUAUGUUCUGUUAGAUUCCAUAUUAGAUGUCACAGAUCACACUGCACAGCCCAGAACAUAUUUGAAAUGCACUACAUUCAUUCUUUUCCUGCAUUGCAGAGGGAGAAGUGCAUUUGGUGCAACGGUUGGAAUGGCUUUUGUUGGCACAGUCUGUAGUCCGAAUCACGGAGGGUCAAUCAGCACAGUAAGUACACUAUAUUCUCUCAGUUGUGGACAUGUUGGCCUAUUAAGUAGAAAAUUCUUGCACCUGCCGUGCCAAAUCCAGCCAAUUCAACAGGACCUUAAGAUUUGCCAUGAGGUUGCUUGUUAUAUUUAUCAAUUAUUUUAUUUAAAUACAUACACAUAGUGUUUGACAGUAACAGAAUCUCUAACUGGAUUACAAAAAAAUUGUUUUUCAGAUAUGUAAUGAAGGGCUCUACAAAGCAAGAUGUCUUAGCAAAGUGUCCUAGCAAAGGCAUACCUACAUCUACAUUGUAUACAUUUAGUCCAGUUCUUGAUUAUGGCAGAGCUUCAGUCAAUUUUUGCCUUGAUUAUAUGUUUAGACAUGCAGUCAACAGCAAAACAAAAUAACCACUCAUUAAAAAGGAUUAUAGUGAGCAGAAUGAUAAUUUCUGGUAUAGCUAUCUGCAGUGCAAUGGGAAGGAGAAUCUAAUUUUGUACUAUGAUAGCUCAAAUUCUAUUUCAAUUAAAAAUGAAAAUUAAUUAGAGCCGUAUAUGUUUUCUUAUUUUUAAAAUCAAUCCAACCUCUUGCACACGUUUCUGUGAUUUUAUAAGGCAUGAUUAUACUUUUUGAAGCAUAUUCCAUGGACUGCACAGUGCAGUUCUCAACAUCUCUACUUGGAAACAAACUCCACUGAGUUCAAUGGGACUUGUUUCCAAUAAGUGUCUAUAGAAUCAAUGCUUAAGAGCUGUGCUUUAAAAUAAGAAAAAAAUGACAGUGUUAAAAAUGGAAGCUAAGGGUGUUGCAGAAAGUACUAGAUGCUAGAUUCCAUGCUUGCUGGUAUCGCUGAGGGCUGAUGAACACGAGCUGGACAAAUCCUAACUUGAAGUAGAACACUAUGCAGUUAAUUAAGAGUUGAUAAAAGAUUGUAGAACAUGGACUUCUAUAAUAUGAGUAAUAAUUAUAGGGCAGAAGUUUACUACAGUAUUCUUUUUAUAAUGCUCUAUUUGAACUAUUCAUGAUGUGUUAAAUAGAAUCGACCGCUCUCUCUCCCCUCCAUGAAACAGGAUACAGUAAGGGAGGGGGGCAGAUAAUUAGUUUUUGCCUAGACAACAAUAUACCUUGAGUUGGCUCUUCCUGUACUACUCUGGUAAGUCUCUCAUACGAUUGUGCCUAUGGGUGUUAUUUAACUAGACAUUAGCACUAAGACAAGGGGAUUUCACACUGUCUCGCUCUGCAUACCACCAUUUCUGCUCCAGAGGGUUGGAGAAAACCCCAGAACUGAUUUAGUGGGCAGGAGACAGGGCAAACAUUCCCUUGCACAAGGAGAAAUACUUGCACAGAUGGAACAUUCUCCAUAGAGCUAGGCUGAAUACAACCAUAGAUGUGUAUUCAUAUUUCCUUGUUCCAUUUAAGCAAACGGAGUGAAGAAAAGAGAACUUUCCUGCCUUUACUAUGAUGGAUUGUGGGGAAAUGGGCUGCUAAUCUGUAAAUCAGUAAUGGGAUGCAAAAUUUACUAUGUAAUAGUAUACAUUGGUUGGAAGCCUUUGAAAUAUUAAGCAGUUUAGAAAUGCUUUUUACGUAAAUAAAUAUGAUAUGGUAUAUGAUAUUAACCAUGUUCUCCCAAGAUCCUGAAUUAACUUCCAGCUAGGGGAUUUUCUUGAUUAACCAGAAGUGUUGCUCCUGGUAGUAGAUAGAUCCCUAGGGAAUUCGCAGUCUAAAUUUUAAUGUCAGAAGGAGAGCAUGGGAAGAGAGAAUAGAGAAAUGAGGUAUCUGCGUAUGGUUUCCCCCCUGUUCAUAUAGGCAAGGAGGAACUGUUGCUCCAGAGGUUCUAUCACUUCCCAUAAUGCUAACACUGUCGAUCUCUUCGCCAGUUUAACCAUGACGCUGUGAUAGCUCACGCUACAGUUGUUGCACAUGAGCUAGGACACAAUUUGGGUAUGAAUCAUGAUGACGGAAGAUGUCCAGGUCAAUACAUUAUGCACAGUUCAGAUAAGUAAGAGCUCUUAUUUAUUUUAUUAUAGCAACUUGUAUUAUUUAUUUUUAAUCUGUAGAUUGGGGGUCUAUCUGCCAAUCUUCUGUUGGUGCUUAAGAUCAAUCAAAGGCCACAUCUGCGCUAUACACCUAAAGCAGUACCAAACCACUUUAAACAGUCAUGUCUUCCCCUCAAAGAAUCCAGGGAGCUGUGAUUUGCUGAGACUUCUAUUCCCUUCACAGAGCUACGAUUUUCAGAGUGAUUUAACAGUCAAUCCAUCUUCUCAGGUGGGCCUUAUGGGUGGCCCAGCUCUGUUCCUUUCCUUCUUUUGCAAAAAGCGCACACAGUUUUCAUUCCUUAAAAUGGGAAGUAGAUGGUAUUGAUAAGACGAUGAUUUCUAGUGUCAAAAUGCACUACUUCAUAGUCUGGACAAAUAGAUAUGCAAAACACAAGCAAUUUUUUGCUUUCCAGCGGGUCCAAGAACUUCAGCAGCUGCAGUGCCAAUGAUUUUGAGGACCUCAUCUUGAGAGGCAGAGGAACCUGUCUUCGAAAUCCUCCCAAGCCAAGUGAUAUUUAUACAGAGCCUGCCUGUGGCAACAACAUUGUGGAUAAAAAUGAAGAAUGUGAUUGUGGUACACCAGAAGUAGGUGUUUCUUGAAUUAAUAUUAUUUAGAUAUAGAAUUCGGUGCAUUAAUUUGUUCCUCCCACUACCCCCACCCUGUGUUUGGUGUAGUGCAACAGAGAGUUAGUGAAUUUUUUUGUCCAGUGCUACUCCAGACUGAGUCAAAGAACAGGGCAGGGGAAGAGGAGGUUUUGUAUCUUGUUUGACCACCCCGUCACCCUGACAGAUGUGGAGGUUACCACCGCUCUAGGCAAUGUGCAGCAUUUCUGUCUCCUUUCUCCCUCACACCUGCUCUGUUAGGCAUGGAUAGAGAAAAGGGUUAUGAGAACAAGGAGAAAUCCAUGUGUAACAAAAGGUAAAUACUUAAUAAUCACAUCAAGAAGGGAUCACGAAACGGGAGGUUUUACUGCCAUUUAUAACACUGAAUGGGGUGGGGGUGGUGCAGAUGAUGCUCAUAGGUACCAACUGAGACUUUAAUCUUGUAUCAUCAGUACUGUAGUUUGUAGUAGAAGAAACUGCUAAACUUGUCAAACUAGUUUGUUUAUUCAUAGUUGACUGGCCAUAGCUGGUCCUGUAAGCACCAACCAUUUGCAUGUAUAAAGAGGUGCUGGAGAAUAUAUGUGUUUUCAGUGAAACAAUGGGUGUAAGGCUUCUUCAGGAGGGACAGGGUUUCUACGCCUCCCUUAUCUAGAUGGAGAUAAAUUAGGGUUGCCAUAUUUUGAAGAGCAAAAAGGAGGACACAUUUGCCAACUUCCACUUUUAACUACAAAUCACUAUGAUGACUCUCAUUUUAAAUACUUCUACUAUAUGUAGGCUAUAGAAACUGUGAUAUAUUGCUAGUGGCAAUGUUCUCAACUUUCAACAAACAUCCUUUAGAUGUCAAUGUGUAUCACCACAGUUGGAAGUAAGCUGGCCCUGCUGUCUACUCUGACGACACGACAUCAAUAGCAGCUCCACACAUCGGGCAGUAAAUAGCCUGAAUAAAUGUGGACUGUGCUAUACAGACUCCACUCAGGAUGUGCUUAAAAGUCAAACUGUAUCCCUUCAAUUAGUUGACUAGUACAGCAGGGCAACAGGUUUUUUCCUUCCACCUACUGGGCUAGUUUACUCGAUGCACACAGCUUUAGUUAGCAUCCAAAUUACGACAUGCAUCCUCCACCCCGGAAAUUUUUAGUGUCACAGUCCUUAAUUUCAGUGCCUCUGUGUAAGGGGUAGAGGCGCCUUACCUGCGCACCUGAGACAAAGAGAGCUGUACAAGUAAAAACCACCCUCUCUUUACAUCCACACACCCCUGGUUCCCUUUCUAAGCCCCUGGAGCAAAGAUAAAAGAUUCCUACAGAACAUUGGUUCACUGCAAUGGAAACUAGUGGGUGGAAAUGCCCAGCCAAAUUCUCUUCUCUGCACACCCCCCCAAGCAAUAAACUAAAACACGCAUAGCGUGAUUCUGACCAGAUCUACUCAGAGGCAAGUCCUAAUGAAUUAAUGGGGCUUUCUACCUGGAAAAUGGGGGGUUAGAAUUGCAGCCCUCCAAAUCAAAGCCUCUAAAAAGAACAGAAGACACGUGCACACACCCCCAGUUGAAGGGGACUCUCUAAGGAGGGAUUCAGUUGCUUUUGACAAUUUAGCACUCAAGUGUCCAACUGAAGUCUUUUUUCUUAACAGGAGUGCACCAACCCUUGUUGCGAUGCUGCCACGUGCAAACUAAAAGCUGGAUCAGAGUGUGCUGAAGGAUUGUGCUGUGAGAAGUGUCAAGUAAGCUAGAUUGCCCUUUCUGUACCCGUGCAGCACAAUGCUAUGCAUAUUUACCCAGAAGCAAGCCCACUGGAGGGCAAGGAACAGCCAUGAGGUGUUAGAGAACAGAGCUGUGUGUGUCACCCUGCAUGUCCUGCUCCCCCUAAGCUAGCUUAGGUGUGGCAGAGGAUGCUGAUCCAGAACCAGUGCUGAAGCAAAAUUGAGCUACUGGUUCAGUGAGGAAUGUAAGAAGGCACUGAUUUCUGUUCCGCCUUGUACUUGUCCUAUGCAGUGCUGUUUCCAUUCCACUGCAGUUUGGCUUCUGACAAAAACAAUGCUACUCGUUUCAGUGUCCUCUAUGAAUUUACAUAAUUCAUUUGUAAUCAUUACUCUACACCAUUAAUUUCAAUGUAAAGGAAACAAUGCAAAUGGAAGGCAUGGAGGUAAUAAAUUACAUACCAUUUGCACAUUGAAAACAGCACCAAUGGUGAAUACCGAUUGCAUCCUGCAUCAAUUUCUGUUCCAGAUAUAGGAUGAAUAAGCAAACACCUGCAAUUUCUGCUUGCAUUUCUUGCAGAAUUCGCCAACAUCCCUGGUUUCAGAACAUGGAAUUGGUGGGGGUGGGAAGUGUUCGGAGAGCUCCAUCUUGUUCUUGUUCUUCCCCUCAGGCAGCAAAAUUUACUGGGCUGGCCCUGCUUCUUGCCUUUUUUUUUUUUGCCAUGGUUGGAACAACCGCACCUUCUGCCAUAUUUCCUUCAGUAUAGCUAGCAACCCUAUCAACUUACCCUUUUAUUGAAGCUGAGCACUAGGAACUGUUCCUGCCUCUUCUCCCUUUUUACAAGCUUCUGUCACAGGCAUUUUUACUCCUCUUUCCACAUAUGUGUCAGUUCCACAUAUUGUUAUAGCAUUUUUGUUAUGGUUACCAAGCAAACGAAAUAAAUAAAAUUCUGUUUUCUAGUUCAAGGUUGCAGGAGUGCAGUGCAGGCCAAAAAUGAAUGCCUGUGAUCUCCCCGAGUAUUGCAAUGGAACAUAUCCCAACUGCCCAGAUGAUGUGUACAUCAUGGAUGGCUACCCAUGCAACAAUAUGAAAGACUAUUGCUAUGCUGGAAUUUGUCAGAAUUAUGAUUCUCAGUGUGAAUCCCUCUUUGGAAAGGGUAUGUUUUAAAUGGUUUAUAGCCCGUGUAACACAACUGAUAUUAAGUUCGCAGAAACAGCUAUGUUACACAUUAAGAAAACGGACUAUUUUUGACAAAUACGGUUCUGUUGUUUUUAUAGGAGCAAAGAAAGGGCCAAAUGCGUGUUUUGAAACAGCCAAUAGUAAUGGAGACAGGCUCGGCAACUGUGGAAUGUCAAAAGGAGAGUUUGUUAAAUGUUCUCAAGCGUAAGUACUCAGGAAGUCAUAUUUAUACUCUGUUGCUUCAUGGAAGCUGAAACCCUGAUGGAUGGUGGGCAAUGGCUUCAUAAACCAUGGUUUAUGAAACUGUAGCCAAGCACCACAGGCGGUUUUAGGUGGUUUGACUGGUGCAGUCACACUGGGUGCCACGCUGCAGAGGGUGACAAAAUAAUGCUUUUAGAAUGGAGUGCAAGAGGCAGGGGUGCCGAAUUUUAGCAUCACACAGGGCCCAAAGUUCACCACUGAUGGUCAUCUCUCACACUUCCCCAUUUACUAUCAUGCAUUGGUUUUGACACAAACAUUCUAGUUGGCAUCAAGCCAUUAUGUUUAAAGCAGGGGACCCCAGCUUAAUGCUGGUUAACAAAUCAGAAUACAAUCCUGGUUUAUUAUCCUCAUUAGUUAAAUGAUAUUAAGCCAGAGUCCCCCAGUUUGGAUGUAACAGGGAACUCUGGCUUAAUGCAGGACUGAAUCUUGAAGCAGCUGGCACACAAUGGGAAGGAGAAACACAUGGCCACAGUGCAUUCCCACAGCUUCAUAAACCAUGCAGGAUAGCUGCUCUGAAGCCGAUACAUGUGGUCCAGACUUUAUGCUGUUAAACUGCUAAUAUGGAUCAUCUAGUUUGUACAAACAUGUGAUUGGUGGCAUUUUAAAAACUGGAGCAAACAGAAGCAUGUAUGCUUGUAUAAACAUUAGAAGAUGGGGGGUAUUUUGAUAUUUACUCUGGUGUUCCCUACUUUCUUAAUUUUUGUAUUUCAUUUUUAUUGCAGCAAUAGCCUAUGUGGCAAAAUUCACUGCACAUCUGUCAGUCAACAGAAUCUUCCAUCCCAGAUAUACAGCCAGAUUCAAAAUGGCGUUAGGUGUGUGACUACUGAUUUUGCUCUGGGAUCAGAUGUUCCUGAUCCAGCUUUGGUUAACAGAGGCACAGCUUGUGCAGAAGGAAAGGUAAGAGAGUGUCCUUCACAUCACCAACUCCCUGCUCAAUGAUAUAGCUGCAAACAGGAUUCAAUUACAGUCCGAGUUGUGUCUGUAUUUCCAAAACUGCCUUUUUGUAUUGUUUGUAUUGCCAACCAUUUUUUUCUAACCCUAUCCCCUGACAAGCAGCAAUUCCACAGUUGCAGCUAUUCACUUGCUACCUGCCAUAUAGCUUUAGAAGGCACAGAUGCCAUGCCUGGGAACAAAAAGCCGAUUUGUAUCUCAUGGAAACCUUAUAAUAAACCAUCCACAGAAACCUGGUUCCUUAAUUGUGUGCUUCAGGUUUCAGAUGUACAGUGGUACCUCGGGUUACAGACACUUCAGGUUACAUAAGCUUCAGGUUACAGACUCUGCUAACCCAGAAAUAGUACCUCGGGUUAAGAACUGUGCUUCAGGAUGAGAACAGAAAUUGGGCGGUGGCAGCGCGAGGCCCCAUUAGCUAAAGUGGUGCUUCAGGUUAAGAACAGUUUCAGGUAAGAAUGGACCUUCAGAAUGAAUUAAGUUCUUAACCUGAGGUACCACUGUAAUGUUAAGCCAUUGUUAGAGUUAUAUGCACAGGCUGCAGCAAGUCUCAUGCUGGCACCCAGCCUCCUUCCCUCUCUAGCACACACCAGAGGAUGAGAUUUGAAGCAUCCGCUUCCAUCUUUAAACUUACCAGAGUUCCCCACUGUGCCCAAACUCUGGUUAGUUAAAACACUGGCUACCCAAACAAAUCAGAAUCAUAAACCGUGAUGUGAUUCAAGCUUGCUUGAACUAGAGUUUAAAGUAUCCAGAGUUCCUCACCUUCCGACACAAAGGUGUGGCGCAGUGGUUACGGUGCUGGACCAAGACCUGGGAGACAAGGGUUCAAAUCCCCAUUCAACCAUGAACCUCGCAGGGGGACCUUGGGCCAGUCGUUGCCUCUCAGCUUAACCUACCUCACAGGGUUGCUGUGGGGAUUAAAUGAGGAGAGGAAGACCCAUGUAUACCACCUUGAGCUCCUUGGAGAGUAAAGAAGUGGGAUAUAAAUGCAGCAAAUAAAUAAAUAGUUGAAUGUGAAAUCUUUUGCUCUCCUUUUCUUAGUUGCAAAAGAGUUGUUUAGGGGGAGGAGGGAUGGUGUGAGCCCAAGGCUUAUUGUGGUUCACGCAGGUAAUUCUAAGCUAUGGUUUAGUGUUACAUCCAAACUUAUGAUUUAGCAUGAAGUCUGAGCCUGCCUGUUGUUUCUGCAUUACACUUUGGUAUUUUUAAAGACAUACUUUCCAACUUUAAAGCUUGCGUUCCUUUUUCUUUUUUCAGGCCUGUGUUGAUUUCAAGUGUGUCAAUGCAAGCCUGCUUGGCUACAAUUGUGAUGUAAAGAAAACAUGCAAUGACCGUGCAGUAAGUAAGAAAAUGAUGAUCCUAUUAUUCUAGUGGUAGAGCAGAAAAAAUAUUCCAAUAUUCUGGCUAUAAAAGCAGUUCAGCUAUUGAGAAAAUUUUCUUGCAGUCUUUAUUGCCCACAGAAACAAUUGCUGUAAAGGAGUGGGCAGCAUGUGGUUUGAAUAGCUAUUUCCUGCACCUUGCCAUCAAUUUUGUGAAGCCCUCUUAGUAUGGCUUUCAGACCAGUUUCAAAAAUCAGGAUUCUGCACUAUACAGAAUCGUAAUUCUGAACCCGUUUUGGUGCUCUGUUCCCAUGUAUUUGCACAGUAGCACCAAGCAUGCCACCCUGAGCCCCUUUGGGAGAAAAGGUGCAAUAUAAAUUUAAUAAAAUAAGAAAACAGUUUGUUUUUUAUUUAACAAAAUUUAUAUACAACUUGAUUGUAGCAAAAUCUCUAAGCAGCUUACAAGAAAUAUUAAAAUGAUUAGCAGCAACAAUUAGAAACAUUUAAGAACAAUUGAAAUAUUUGGCAGCCCACCUGUUUUGUACGUGGGAACUAUCAUGCACGCUGCUGGUUUCAGCAGACACAAUCUGGAGCCAGACAAUGGAACAUAACAUCAUGGAACAUAUUUAGAAAUGGCAUAUCACUAAAUCAGGCCCGUAUUCUUUAUUCCAUAGCAUACAUAUCUGUUGUUUGCUCUGGUUGUACUCAUUACUUUUUUUCUGCCGAAGUAAAAGGAAAGCUGUUCAUCGUAGCAUCCUCAAUGAAGUCAGAACAUAAUGGGGCCUAAUGCAGGGUGGAGAACCCCCUGUUUGUUCCUAGACUUCUGCUCCCAUCAUCCCUGACCAACGGCCAACAGCUUCACCAUCCCUAACCUAAUUCUUCACCUCUUUUUUGGUCCUUCUUUCCUGUAGGUAUGUAACAACAAAGGCAAUUGUCACUGUGAUCCUGGAUGGGCACCUCCUUAUUGUGACAAAUCUGGAUACGGUGGUAGCAUAGACAGUGGCCCAACUCACAUAGGUAAGAAUAAGCUAGCGCAGGGUUUCCCAAACUUGGCCCUCCAGCUGUUUUGGACUACCAUUCCCACCAUCCCUUACCACUGGUCCUGCUAGCUAGGGAUUAUGGGAGUUGUAGUCCAAAAACAGCUGGAGACCUAAAUUUUGGAAUCCCUGAGCCAUAGGGAUUAGGCUGGGUAUGAAGAAGGUGGUGCUGGAUGCGGAACCUUCUCUUCUGCUGCACCAUGACAUUAAUCCUAAAUUAAAAGCAAAACAAAUAAUUUUCAUUGCCUUUUCUCCUUUAGAUACAUCACUUCGUGAUGGCCUGCUGGUGUUUUUUCUGCUUGUGUUGCCUCUGCUAAUUAUAGUAGUGGUUGCAAUUGUCAAGAGGGAUGCAAUUAAAAGACGUAUUUUCAGAGGACGGAGAAGACGCCAAAGGUAUGAAAAGAAUAAGAUUGGUUUUUAAAAACCAGAAAUGUGACAAGGUUAAGACAGGCAGUGUUAAAACAGUGAACAGCAGCAAAAUACUGUAUCUAAAAUAAUGAAAAUCAGUUGUGGCCCCAGGACUUCGGAUUGCCUUCUCCCAGAAAAUUGUGUGUACCAGAACCAAAUUGAAUAUUUAAUGGAGAAAGACAUGUAUUAUUUUAACCUACCUGUUUACGUUAUGUUUUAAGGGCUGAAAAUGCACGGCAAGCAAGACAAAGCAGCACUCCAGGUGGACCAAAGCCACCAGUAAAUAAUAGGCGGGUAAGAAUUUUUUUUUUUCAUUGCAAUGUCUUCAUUGAAGUUACUGCUGAUGAAUGAAGUUUGGGCUAAUGUUUCAGCUCUCCAUAGGCGCUGUGAAUUUGACAAUGAUUUUCCAUUCAGAAAUGCAAUUCUGCAGAAGGUUAGAUCAGUUACAUUAAAACAGUGCAUGGUAUUUUGCUAGAAUGAAAAGAUGCAGUAAGCUUCACUGUUGUGGUAAGAACCAUGAAUUCUCCUUACGAUACAUUUCUUUUCCCUCUGCAGCCUACGACGUCAAAUUCUGGAAUCUUUACGAUAUCACACUUUCCUGCUCCAAGGUUUGCACUUUUAAAUCUUUUCAGCAUAACUUUACAGGCCUACAAUCAGGGCAAACAUUUAAACUGAGCAAAUACUGGAGAUUCAGCAACAUUUGAACUUCCCACUGAAUUCCCUUCUUAGAGAGCCAAUAUCCAGGGAAAGAUUCCUUUAAUCCCGGUUCCCUGGUGUGAAUAUCAGCAAGGGCUUCAGCAGUAUUUUGCCCAUAAACAUUUCUCCUGUUCACUUCUAUUUACCUGUGGCUUCACUUGUGCAACGAGUGCACAGUUGAUGUGCAUGAGGCGGUAACCAACCAUGGCUCGUUCCAGAAUGUUAUUGGAGUACAAUUCCCAUCAUCCCUGAGCGUUGGAUAUGCUGGCUGGGGCUGAUAGGAGUUGUGGUCAAAACAAGGGUACCUUGUUGGCUACCCAUGGCAUAAAGGGGUAGAACUCUGGCUGUCGUUCAUACAGCUGUCAUUCAUACAGAGGAUAUUGUUGAAAUAAGUAAGUAAGGAGGGAGGUAGGGAGGUAGAAGUAUUCAUUAUGUUUCUAGAAUGUCUAUCUCUGUUGACCAGCCUCUGAAAUAUGCCACCAAACACAAACUACUAAUGCUGCAUUUUAUCUCCUUUAGGCCACCCAUACAAGCAAACCUUGGGCCACGUCCAUCAAGACCUCCUUUACGACCACCAAUCCCACCCAGACCUGUUUACGCAACUCCAUCCUGAGAAAUUCUCAAGAGGGUUAGAUGGACACAUUAAACAUCUAAGAGGGUAGCAGAAAUGUGCCAGUGCUAAACCUGUUACAUAUUUUUGAAAGUAUUAUUUUUUAUCGAUAUACAAAUGAAGACCUCAUUUUAAUUUCUAAAAAAACUGUUGAAAUGGUAACAAAAGAAUAUGGGAAUUUUUUUUCUGAAUCUCUAGACAGACUAAGGCUGCCUUAAUCAUUAGAUCAGUGAUUCCCAACAUUUUUUUUUGUGCAGACCACUUGAAAAUUGCUGAGGGUAUUGAUGGCCCAUUGAAUGAUUAUUUUUUUGCCUGUUAUAACGACGGUAAUGUGCUGUGCUAGAUGCUGUAUGAUUUUUAAAUUGUAUUUUUAUUGCUUCUUCUAUUGUAUUAUGUGGUAUUACUUUAUUACAAUACACUAAAAUACAAUAUAAGAAAUUAAAGAAGCAAUAAAAAUGCAUCUAAAUUCAGUAUUAUUAUUUAAUACCAACACACGGACCACCUAAACAAAGUUUGUAGAUCGAUGGUGGUCCAUGGACCAGUCUCAGAACUCAUGUACAGUGGUACCUCGGGUUAAGUACUUAAUUCAUUCCGGAGGUCCGUUCUUAACCUGAAACUGUUCUUAACCUGAAGCACCACUUUAGCUAAUGGGCCCUACUGCUGCCGCCGCACCACCGGAGCACGAUUUCUGUUCUCAUCCUGAAGCAAAGUUCUUAACCCGAGGUACUAUUUCUGGGUUAGCGGAGUCUGUAACCUGAAGCGUAUGUAACCCGAGGUACCACUGUAUUAGACAGCAGAAUACUGUUUGUGUUGUGUCACAUUAGCCGUCAGGACAUAUACAUAAAUAUACCCCUCCCAACAUAGGCCAAACUGAUGCAAUGCUAAAUGUGUAAUUAGAAAUCAUUUUAGGUUUCCAAAUUUAUAUAUAUAUUUUUUUAAAAAAAGAUGCACAAGGGUUGAUUUACCACUGGGAUUGCAGCACACGAGAAAUGGAGAUCUUGAUUAAAAUAGCACGCACACAACACACACCUAAGGCACAGCUGCUAGCCUUAGAAAAAAGGUCUCAUUGAUGCCAAAGGCAGCUUUCACCCUAAAGCAGGCUUCCUCAAACUCGGCCCUCCAGAUGCUUUUGGCCUACUACUCCCAUGAUCCCUACCUAGCAGGACCAGUGGUCCGGGAUGAUGGGAGUUGUAGUCUCAAAACAUCUGGAGGGCUGAGUUUGAGGAUGCCUGCCCUAAAGCUAUUUUCAUAGCUGAGGAAAGAGAGGUGAAACCUAUCCUUCACUAUACUGCAAUCCUGAUGGAAAUCACUCCCCUACAUGCCCAUUUUAUAUAUAUUUAAAACAUGACACGAGUUCUAAUGAUGCACUUAAUGCUGCAUCUAGCUUUGCCCACAGCUUUUCUGUAAAUAAUUGUUCCUUAAAAUUCAGCUGCUUUAAACAUAAAACAAACUGUGAAUGAAAAACAAUGAAAGGGGAAAAAAACCACUUUCUAAGUUAUUUGCUCCCAAUUCACUAAGGGGGUGGCCAAUGCAUGGAAUUGAGAGUGCAGAACCAAAGGAAGUGCAUGGAGGUAGAACUGAUACUGAAAACUGGGUCAGGGGCAGGAUUUUACAGACCCUGAGUACUAAUUACAUGGUUGGCAAAGUGGACAUUAAUUUGUUUGAGAAUAGGGGCUGAUUCCAAUGUUGUUUGUCCUCAACUGGUGUUGCCCAAGUUCACAGUUGUUAAGUUCCAAAAUACUGUAAAUGGAUAUUUUUCAAUAUGCCUUUUUGCACUAAAGUAGGCAAAGUACUCCUAAAUUAAUGGUCUGGUCUUCCAUUUCUAUAUUCCAAACCUGUGGCAGGGGGCAUAAUUAUGCAUCCUUCUUAUUUACUUUUAAUAUAUAGGAAUUUAGAUCUUGGUUACAAUAUUGUAGCAACAGCUCACACUGUCAAAAUCAUACCUAAUCACACCCAUUCCACAGUGUUUUUGUUUUGGAGGUGAAUGAAUGUACAAUCCAAUUGCUGUGAAUGCUAUAUUGUUAGAAACAGUAAAUUAUUUGUACGGGUAUUUAUUCGAAUAUAAGACUCUGCUAACUAAAAAAAAAAUCUAAGCGGUGUAUAUAAUGCAAUAAAAUAAUCAUCAAUAGAUAAAAGUAGCAGCAUUUAAAAAUGAGUAAUACACAAUGAUAUUAUAUGCCCAGAUAGGCUUGCUGGAAGUUUUAGCAGACAUUUAAAACAGUAUAAUGAAGAUGUCUGCCAAAUCAGAGUUGGAAGGGACUACAAGGAUCAUCUAUUCCACCCCCUGUAAUGCAGGAAUCUUUUGCCCAACAUGGGGUUUUAACCCCCACAGUUCAGCUCAUUUUUCUGAGAAUGAGGGCUGUAACGUUUGCUUACAGGUUCUAAAAUGCCAACAGAAAUCAAACUUCUAACAAUACUUUUCAACUACUACUUUUUCUAAUACCUAUAACCAUUUUAUAUGCAGUUUUGCACAAAUCGCUAUUAAAUACCGGCAGAAAAAUGCCGGCACUUUACACUGUUGUAUUUCAGUGGCAAUCUCCGUGAACUAUUUUGUAAGAAAUAAAAUACUUUGCUAUUU